GGGAAAGAGACACCGCCCUACCACGAUUACCGUCGGUAGCGUCGUAGCGUCGCAGCAUCAAUCUGGUAUACGGUAACGAUGGCCGCCUCACAAUCCCUGUCGCGAGACGUCAAGAGUCUCGGCACCCCCAAUCGAAACCUCGCCGGGCCUCAACCACGCGCCGCCCACCAGCAAAAAAUCGUAAGUGCCUGUUUCAAUUGCUGGCCCGUGUAAGUCUGGCCUGGCCUCCCAUCAAUGACCCAAGUGGGGUGCGUCGUAGCGCUUCGCCGAGUUUUGCGUUGCUUGUCGCCGGCCUUCGUCUUUCCCAUUCUGUUUCUUCUCCUUCCAUCUGUCUAUCCUUCGAGAGGUGUGUUUUUCCAGAGAUCGCAGCGCGAGGCUCAUUUUCAAUUCUUGCUCUUAUUCUUUUUUGUUUAAUUUUGCGGGAUAGAGAGUUUGUGUGCCUGCAUCUUUCUCUAUUCUUUUCGAUUCUUAGACGCCGGUCGUCAAUACGAAGAAGAGGUACUUGCUAGAGACGAUUCGAAGCCCUCCGGCGAAGGAUAUACCACCGGUCAACAAUUCCAACGACGACAUAAACCAUGGCGAACAGAGUCCUCUUGGCCUUUUUGGCCUUUGACAUGCUCUUCCUCCUCUCAGCGGCACUACUCAUCGCCUUCCCCAUGAUAAUGAAAGACCGCAUGAAUCGUGCGCCAACACAGGAAACAGUUGCUGAGAACCUCUUGCUGGAACGAUGUCCCCUGACCGCUGCCAUGGUCAACGCCAUCAUCAUGUUCAUCACAUUCCUGACGACCAUCCCCGCGCUCCUGAUGCCGACUUCGCGCAUGUGGCUCAAGCUUCACGGAUACCUCGUUUUCAUCUGCGCGAUGGUCUCGAUGGUCAUUGGACUCGUGCUCUGGUUCGACACAUUGAAGACUCGCUCCAACCUCUCCACUGUGUGGGCUGCCCAGGCGCAAGAGGUGCAGAGUUUGUUGCAGCAGAAGUUGAAAUGCUGUGGCUACUUGAGUAGCAAUUCGCCGCCAUUUUUUCAGGAUAGCGUCUGCACGAACCCGCUGGUUGCGGCGCAGCUCUCGGGAUGUGUUGGGCCGUUCAGCACGUUGGCAAAUAACUUCUUGGAUCUGAUUUUCACUGCCGCCUUUGGCGUUGUCGGUAUCGAUGUAGCCUUAAUCCUGUGUAUCGCCAUGCUCCUGAAGGAUAGGAAAGAGAAGGAGAGGUAUCGCCACAUCGAUGAGAAGUCGGGGACAGCAGGAUUCUAAGCACAAAUUUCGAGGCUGGAACGAUACAAAUUUUCUACAUAACGAAGUACGCAUUCCAUAUGUAACCUACACAUCUUCGUCGGCAUUUUAGAGACUGGAAAGGGGAUAUAAAUACAAGGCUCCAGGGUAGCCAUCUGAAUUGAAGGCUUCUCGUAAAUUUUGAAGUUUAAAUAAAGAAGAAAUUAG